AUGCCCAUUGGCGCUGCCAAAGAACACCCCGACCUGCACUCUACCGUAUCCGAAACCCUCUCCAGAGCUGUGCCAAGAGACACAUUGGCAUCUUCUACUUCGUCAUCUGAGCUUACAAGCGUGCAGAUCGGCGGAAUUGUCGGCGGCCUGGUCGGCAUGCUCGUUGUCUGUGUGGCGAUUACCAUCUGGGUCAUCCGACACCUGCGUAAGACAGCCGCAACACGUCAAAAUGCAUCCUCUCGACGCAGCGCACAAAGACGGUCAGCUCAUGGCUCGGGUGGCGGUGGAAGCGGCGGCAGCGGUGAAUACAGUGGCAGCGGGAUCAGGACAUCACAUCACAAGAUCGUGCCGACACCGUCCCAAGUCGACCAACUCGACUACGCCGAUCUGCUGGAGAGAGAGACAACGGCCACGUUGGCAGGCGGCCACACGCCAUCCAUCUCGGGCCUAUCACAUACCCCAACAGUGGGCAGCUCACACGCCGUGGUCACUCCAGUGGAAGAGUCGGCCCUCCCAAACAUGCUUGGGUCUACCAUGAAUAGUCCAGGCCAAUCCAUUUCUGGAGACAGAGUCGGUUCUGGCGCAGUCAGAUUUUCCAACUUGCCCCAUCGUUCUCAGAACAGGCCGACAUGGCGAUCUUCAAGUAGCGUGGGAGCCGACUGCAGCAGCAGCGUCGAUUCUUCAAGCCACCGUCGACAAUCGGCGUGGCAGCGAUUGCGGCAAGCACACCUAUUGAAUGGAGGCAGCAUCAGCUCUGCGGCCAGCUCAAGCAACAGAGGAACAUGUCGUCGGCCGGCAGAGCUCGGCGUCGAUGGCGGGUUCAUACCAGAGCUUCCAGCUGCCUCGCAAGAGGGAGAAGAGGCCAUGAGGGCAAGCUCCAACUGGGCGAGCUCUACUUGGACCAGAUUUGCACCAGCGGCCGCAAGAGCGCACGCCGUCAGUGGUGUCAGUGCCAUCAGCGGCUUUUCAGCUGCGAGUGUCGGGAUGCAGCAAACGCCAGAUUCGAAACAGUACAGCGGCUACAUCCCGUCGCCGAUGCACAGCCGUGACCAUAGUGGAAGCUCGGCGAGCUUUCACCAAGGCUCGCCAAGGCUCGACAUCGUCACAGAGAAUCUGGACCAAGACUUGCACGGCCACUAUGGACCGACACACGCCGUUGCUGGACAGACGCUAGCAGGCAACAUUGUCAAUGUAGACAUCAGCACGCCGAUUGACCCUUGGUGA